AGUUACAGACAUAGUGAUUAGUUCCUUCACAUGCUUUCGUGUUUUCUCCUUACGCGUGGUUUCCGGAAUGGGAUUAGGUGCUAACCCCUUAAGGGAUUAGUACCAUGCUAAUUAAGUUUUCCACCGUUAGAUAUAAUAUUAAUCCAAGUGUUACAAUUUUGUAAAGGUCAAUUAUGUCAAUAUUUAUUUCACACACCACAAACCCUCAUAUAUAUUUGUUGUUUUGGCCGCCUACUUCUGAAACCGUUAGGAUCCACGGAGUCUUCUCCGCCUUGAUUGCUCCACGGAGUCUCGGGGUAAUACCACCCAGAUGGUGGUGGAUACCCCCAAUGAUUGGAGAAGCCAUUAGGAUCCAUGAUUCAGAUCUGCACCAAUAAAAACAAAAACACCCAAGUGAAAAGCAAGGGUGGAAAAGAAAAGAAACGAAAAACGCUAAAGUAACAAACUUCUGCCUUUCCUAAUACUCUAGAAAGUCCCCGGCAACGGCGCCAAAAACUUGACUGCUCUAAAACACAACACCUAACAAAGGCCAAGUGUAACCAAUGAAAGGGACUGCAGUAUAGUGGCUCAAGUGAUAAAUAUCGAAUCCACGGGUCUCUAGAGUUACUAUUACUCAGCUUCAGUUUAUUAUUUAGCAAAUCAGAUUAAGAUGAAAGAACUAAAACUACUCUAGCAAACUACAGUUAAAGUUAAUCUAAUUACAGGUUGGGAACUCACUUAGGUAUGAUUCCCCCUAGCCACUAGCCAGAUUAAUGAUUGAUGAUCUCUAACCUGUUUCACUUUCAUUCACAAUGCGGAGAAUCCUUGACUAGACCUUGAGUCUCGACUAAAGGAACAAGGCCCUCUUGAGUCAAUUGCCUAGAGGGACGUAUCCUUCUCUAGAACAACUGAUCAAGGCGUUCUGAACUAGACUCCCUCUAUCGAAAGAGGUUCUCAAUCGAUACAAAGCAGUGAAUCAACCCUUGACUAAAGCAAUCGAUCCACUACUAUCAAUCUAUGGUGCUCUAUUGACCUAAUCAGGUAUUCCCUCUCAUAGGAUCAAAGCAGAAUCAAUAAUCUCGACUAAAGCAGAAUUGAAUCAUGAAAACAUGCAUAGAUUGAAUAUGAACUCAAGAUUAUCAAGUCAGAGUACUCAUACAAUCAUCCAAUCAAACAAACAUAGCUAGGGUUCCUCAAAACCUAAGUGAAGGGAAGUUACUCCAUAGAGAAGAGAGAGACUGCAGUAAGAAUCUUCAGAUGAUCAGUCUUCAAGUCCGGGCUUGUUCCUCAAGCUUCCAAGGCGAAUAAAUCCUCCUUCUCUACUCCAAGAAUGCCCUCAAAUCGCCCUCUCUCUCUUUGGUUCGUCCCUUGGGUGUUUGGGAUCCAAAAACCCAGCUCUCCUCCUCUUUGGUUCGGAAUUUGGCUUAAAACCAGGAAAUCCCGACUCACACGGGCAGGGCCACACGGCCGUGUGGCCUACCCAGUUGCCCGUGUGAGGCAAAACGCACCGUAUCACUUAGUCGAAUUCCAGGCUUCUCACACGGCCAGAGUGGCACGGCCGUGUGUGACUUCCAUCUGCCCGUGUUUGCUCUCGGCAAAACUCGCACGGCCAAGCCACUCCUUCACACGGCCGUGUGUGUUGUCAGGGCAGGCCGUGUUUGCUCUCGCACAAUCUCACACGGCCAGAAAUAUGAGUUGCACGGCCGUGUGAUUUGUGGGUGUGCCCGUGUGGCCUCCUUUGUGACUUGUCUCGCGCCCGAUCUUCGCCCAAUCGACCCCGAACUCGCUCCUAAACCUUCAUUCACUUGCCAGGACCUGAAAUAUCACAAACAAGCACAACCUAGCGUGAAAUCGGUCUAAAACACGAGAAACCACAUCUCCAACGGUGUAAGAACAGGGGUGAAACCACAUCUCCAAAAUUCUAUUUAAUUUCUGUUUUCUUUUCCGUCCCAUUUUUCUUUUUGCUGGGCGGCGUUUCCUGUCUCCCUUCUUUGUAAUUUUAAUUGAUUUCACAAUUAACAGAUAAAAUUAAAUAGAAUUUUUAUAUUCUCUUAGUAUAACUUUUGGAGGCAAAGAAGCGAUUUGUUGUUAAAUAAAAUGUUUCAGAGGCAAAAAAAUGGCCUGCUAUUACUACUUUUUUUUAUGAGCUAGGAAGACCAAAAAAAUAAUCAAGUAUAUACGGCAAUAUUUAAAAUUGCCUCCAUACGUGUUUCUAUUUUCAUCUAAUUAUUGUUUAUGUAAAUUGGUUUUUUCUGUUUCCUAUUGGAAGUUCUGAUUUUUAACCUUCCUUAAUUAAAACUUAUCCUUCCAUCAUGGAAGUUCUGAUUUUUAGCUUCCCUUAAUUAAAACUUAUCCUUCCAUCAUCAAGUAUUCCUACUCCUAAAUAAAUAAUUUAUUUAUUGAUUUAAUAACAUAAAACAGCAACGAAUUUUUCGAAAAAAUUGCGUACCGCCUCUUUCAAACGUUCUUUCAUAGCAGAUUUCCUACUUUAUCUUAGUCGUGAAAAUCAAGUUGAGAUAUUUACAGGAUCCAAUUUCACUUAACUAGUGAAAUUAGGUCUCGCUCCGCUUCGACUGGGCUUUCUGGUUGUAAGCCCAUUUACGAAUAUUUAUAAAACGUCCAAAUUCACUUAUUCCUCAAUCUUUAUCACCCAGAAAAUCUCUCUUUAAAUUACCUGGGGGGGGGGAAUCUCUCUUUAUUCGACCUUCAGACCUCCUUCUCCAUAAUGGAAAAUCAAAAAUCAAAAUAAGAUCUAGAGAGUUUCUUAACCGGCUAACUGUCAAACUACUCUCCCGUUCUUUCCCUCUAUCGGAAGAAUUGCCGGCAGCAUAUCCUAUUCUCCCAUCUCUGGCUUCGAUCAUCGCCAUGCAUUUCAGCUUCUGCCUGCAGCCUGACUUUGGUUCCCAGUCUCUACCUCGCUUCCCUCUUUCUCUAUCUUCGACUCAUUGUCCCAAGUCUUAGAAUACGAUGUCAUUUUCCUGUCGUCUCCUUUUCCUUUUUCGCUGGUGAUAAUUGAUUUCAGUUCCUCGUUGUCUCCUCCCUCUCCGUCCCCAACGCAGACUACCAGAUCAAACUCGCAAAACCUCUGAUCUCCGACACCUCUUCCCUCAUUCGAUCGAUCGUGUUUGCCUAAGGACGGUGAGGUGAUUGUGGUUGAGACUUGAGAGGAAAGCCGACGGUUAUGACUUGUGGUAGUGGAAAUUGAAAUACAUUAGUCAUGGCAAUUUUGAAAUAAAGCAAACUUAUAAGGGCAUUAAAGGUAAUUUGGACAGGUGUCGGGUUCCUGUCUCUCCUCAGCUUUCAAUCUGCCUUUUAUAUAUAGUCUUAAUAUGUAAUCGGAACUCUCUGUCUCCUUUCAUCUUCCUUGUCUCCACUCCUAUUCCUUUUCUCCAUCAAAUGGCCUAGCGUUCUACCAACAAUAGCUUCUAUCCACUCAUUUUCCGUCUGUAUCCAAAUUACAACCAUGGAAGCCUGUUCGUUCCCGGUCUCAAUCAUCUUCGUUGCUAAUAGUUGGAUACUGGAAAAUGCCCUACUCGUACGGAAUACAAAUCUAGAGGUAAA